UUACAUACAGAGCAAUAUACAAUAAUGCAUCAGCUAAUGUCCUCGCAGCUGGGGCAGAGCUGUCCCCUGUCCAGCACAAACAAAAACUAUUCUGGGCCGUGACCUGCCACAAACCUCAGCCCACGCGCGACAAUUACAGUGUCACCAGAAGCGCCACCGCCACAUCCCGGCACGGCCACCGCCAGAGCAGGUCCGACUGUCCUCUCCUGUUCCCUCCGUCCCCUCCUGUCCCCUUUGGUCCCCUCCUGUCCAUUCCUGUCCCCUCUGUCCCCUCCGGCAUGGACCCCGCGGUGCCCAGGGCCACGCUGAAGGUGCUGGCGCUGUGCGCGGCGCUGCUGGUGCUGGUGGCGGCGGUGACAGUGGCGGUGGCGGUGUCGCUGUGGCGCUCCGAGGCGCUGGGGCAGCUGCAGGGCUGCCGGGAGCGGGCAGUGAACGAGAGCCGGGAGCUCGGGACCCACCUGGGGGAGCUGGAACGGGACCGGGAGCGGCUGCGGAGCGACGGGGACACGCUGCGCCGAGAGCUGGCACGGGCACAAGGGGACAGCGCCAGGGACAAUGCCAGCCUCGUGUCCUGCCGGGAGCGCGCGGCCAGGCUGGAGGCCAAUGUCACCGCGCUGGGGAACGAGCUGGUGGCGCUGCGGCGGGAGCGGGCCGAGCUGGCCGGUGACAAAGUGACGCUGCAAGAGGAGGUGGCGCGGGGCGCGGAGCAGGCGCGGGGGCUCCGGCGGCGGCUGCAGGAGGCGCUGGAGCAGCAGCGGGAGCUGUGGGAGCGCCGGGAGCGCUGCGAGGGGCGACAGCGGGAGCUGCAGGACAGCCUCCGGGACUACGCGGCCGAGCUGGAGGCGCUGCGGCGGCGGGCCCGGGACAGAGGCAGCGGGCGCAGGUGUCCCCCGGGUCACCGGGCAGCAGGGCCCGUGCGGGACUCACUGCCCGUCCCUCCACCCUUGCAGGAAGGGCUGAGGUCCGCAGCCCCCCCGGCCUCCCCAGCGAGCGCCACAUCCCCGUUGUCGCAGUGUCCCCAGCGCUGCCACCUGCGGGGCUGGCCCAGCCCCGGAGAAUCCAGCGCAGCGCGGGAGCUGUGGGGGUGGGAGAUGGUCCUGAUCCCAUUGAUCCCCGAUCCCAUUGACCCUGCAUCCCACUGAUCCCAUUGAUACCCGACCCCAUUGAUACCCAAUCCCAUCAAUCCUUAAUCCCAUUGAUCCCAUCGAUCCCUGAUACCACCAAGAUUCCCGAUCCUAUUGAUCCCUGAUCCCAUUGAUCACAGACCCCACUGAUCCCUGAUCCCACUGUGAUCCCUGAUCCUAUUGACCCCAUUGAUCCCCGAUUCCAUUGAUCCCUGACCUGUUGAUUCCAUUGAUCCCUGAUCCCUGGCCCCACAGGGUCCCAAUCCCAUCCCAUGUCCUGAUCCCAUCCUGUGUCCUGAUCCCAACCUCAAUCCCGAUCCCAUCCCAAUCCCACUGCGCCCCGACCCCUUAGUGCUGCCACCCCGUGUCCCUGUCCCGCCGUGUCCCCAUCCCGUGUCCCAGCUGGACAGGGGACACAGGGGUCCCUUCUCCACUUUUUUGGGGCAGUUUCGGCUCAUCCUGGGCACAGAUUUCCCUGAAAUCCCCUCUGGGGGCUCCGGCCAUAUCCACAGCACUCCAGAACCCGGGAACAGCGGGAAUUUGGGGGAUUUUGGGAACACUGGGCAA